AUGGCGUUUGCGGAAGCUAGGGCCGCUUGGCAGAGAACUGCCAACCGAUGCUUAGUCCAAGAGGACGCUAAACGAGCCCCCAAAUUGGCUUGCUGUCCCUCCGUAACCCCUUCGGUUAAACACCCUGAAACAGAACCUGUAAAUCCAGACAACAGCCAAGAAGAUGUUCCCACCACUUUCUUUCUCCCGUUCAACCUGAAUCCUGCUUCUACCAGUUUAUCCCCAAGCUCAAGAUGGUGGCUACAAACACAGCCCAAUUAUGGGUACCGGCAGGUCAUGGCAGGCGAAGAGUUGACUACUCUUGUGGAGAGUCGAGAUCUUGAAUUGCUUAAAGAGGGUUUUGAAAAAAUAGGAGACUCGAAUGUUGGUAGUUGUGAAUUUUCUAAAGAUUCCGAUGACGUUUGUUUUGAUUCGGAGAACAAUGUGCCUUGGUGGCGAACGGCGGAUACUGAGGAGUUGGCUUUGUUGGUAGCGCAAAGGUCGCACGAGGUUUUGGAUAACUGUGACCUCCCGAGGCCUCAAAAUGCUCAUGUCAAGGAAGAUAUGAGUUGUUUUAGUCGUGAUGAGAGUUUAACCUCGUUACUAGUUCACAAGGCUGGCAUCGAGCAUCACAGUCAUGAUUCUAGACAAGGAUGUUCGCUUGCAGGAUAUUCUUGCCAGAACCUUAGGAAAUCAGCUGAUGUUCGGUUAGUGUUAGGUGUCGACAGGAUAUCAAGGGACAGCCCAAUCUACAAGAAAACGGGGGAGAGUGAGAGUGAGAAUGACAGAAGCAGAGCUCAGCUUCUAGAAGCAUUACGUCAUUCUCAGACACGAGCCAGGGAAGCUGAGGAGGUCAUGAAACGAGCAUGUUCUGAGAAGGAGCAUGUUGUCAGGCUCGUACUAAGACAGGCGUCCCAGAUAUUCGCCUACAAACAGUGGGUCCACUUUCUGGAGUUGGAGAAUAUGUAUUUCCAAUUCAAGAACAGCGAAGAUCAGUCUGGAUCCUCUGUGUCUCAGGUAACUUCGUCUAAUUGUGAGACCUCAGGAAAUAGAAAAAUGCAGAAAAGCAGGUGGCUCAAGUGUUCGAACCGGAAACGGGCCAAGAAGGCCCGGGAUGUGUUGGAUGCUGGAAAAUAUGCUAUUGUUUUUGCUUUAGGAUUGGGACUGUUAGGGGUGUUAUUUGAGCCGAGCCGAGUAGCUCAUUCACGUGCCCGUAUAACAAACAAUCAGAUCGGCUUGUUUAAUAAACUAGCAAAGGCUCUUCGCCGCUCGACUUGA